GCCCCCUCCCCCACGUGGACGGAGGUGACGCAGCGAUUGUUGCAGAGCUGCUGAAGUCUGAGCAGGAAACCAGAACCGGAAACGAGCAGCAGUGAGCGCGAGGAUUGUUCAGGUGAGGAACGUCACGAGUUCACCUGCGACAGAUGGGGGGUCAGGUGUCAGUGGAUGGCGUCCAUGUGGUGGUGGUGGGCGGGGGCUUCGGAGGCAUCACUGCUGCUCAGCGGCUGAAGUCCGAGGGUCUGAGCUUCACUCUGAUCGACCUGCGGGACGCGUUCCAUCACAACGUGGCGUCACUGAGGGCGUCAGUGCAGCCGGGCUUCGCUCGGAGGACGUUCGUCCCGUACGAGGAAACGUUCGGAGACAGUUUCCUUCAAGGUCGAGUGGAGAGAGUCGACAUGGAGAGACAAACGGUCGUCCUUCAGGGGGGGAGGGAAGUGCAGUUCUCUCAUCUCAUCCUGUGCACUGGCACCGACGGCCCGUUUCCAGGGAAGUUCAACAUGGAGGCGUCGCAUCAGUCGGCCGUGCAGGCGUACGACGAUUUCGUCCAACAGGUCCAGGCUGCAGACUCGGUGCUGGUCGUGGGCGGAGGGUCGACCGGUGUGGAGAUGGCUGCUGAGAUCAAGACGGAGUAUCCAGACAAGAGGGUGGUUCUGAUCCACUCCAGAAUCGCGCUGGCCGACCCGGAGCUACUGCCCAGCGUGAGACAACAGGCCAAAGAGGUUCUGCUGCAGAAAGGGGUGGAGCUUCUGCUGGGUCAGAAGGUCAGCGACCUGUCGCAGCUGCAGCUGAACGUCACUCAGAAGAACAUGACGGUGACGACGGAGCGAGGAGAAACUCUGAGAACGGACCUGAUCAUCUGCUGCACCGGACUCAAGGUCAACGCCACCGCGUACGCCUCCAGCUUCUCCGCCGCCUCCCUGGUCGACGGCGGCGCCCUUAAGGUCAACAAGCACCUGCAGGUUCACGGUUUCUCCAACGUCUUCGCCGUGGGCGACUGCGCAGACGUCAAGGAGCCAAAGAUGGCAUACCACGCCCAGCUGCACGCCGCCGUCGCCGUGAGCAACAUCGCCAACAGUCUGAGGGGGAAGGAGCUGACGUCGUAUCACACAGGUAACGUCACCAUGUUACUGGCGAUGGGUCGAGACGACGGCGUUGGUCAGUUCAACGGACUGAAAUUACCUCGACGCCUUGUCGUCAUCGGGAAGAGUCGAGAUCUGCUACUGUGGAAGAGCUGGAGGGAGAUGAGGCAGACACAACCCUGACACGCACGCAAGUUGUUUUUGAGCUGAUGAAAAUAAAAUCUUUAAACUUUA